AGACUUUUGGUACGGUCCUUGGUGUUGUGAGGAUAAGCAUGGUUGCUGUUUCCUGCGAAUUCUGCAAAGUGAUCGAAGUGACUGUAUGCAACCUCAUGAAUGUUUCUUAUGUUUGAGACCACCUAACCAAUUAUCUCUUUUUAAUAUAAGCCAUUUUUAGAAAGAGCAGAGAUUUUAAGAACUUGAAUGGACUCCAAAAAGAAUGGAGGAUGUAAAGAUAUUCGUAAGGUCCAUAUUGGUUUCAAAGCAGCAUGGUGUGAAACAGUCAUUGAUUGAAAAGGACUAUCACGAUCUUGUUGGUGAAAAGCUGCCAUGGAAGGAGUUGGGAUUCAAAACUUUGUUCGACCUUUUAACUUCAAUUCCUGAUGUAGCAAAGCUUGAGUGGAGGGAAGACGAUGGAGAUAAUCGUGUAUUCGCUGUGUUGGAUGGUGAAAGUUAUGCAUCACUUCAUGCUAAGAGAAUGUCUGUUAAAGGAUAUGGCAAAGGCUCUAGAGCUCUGAAUCCAGAUGAAAUAAGAAUGUGGAAAAUUAAAAGAGGCCAGGAAAGAAGCUUUUCAGAUUCAAGCGCUUCAAAUAAAUCAAUAAAAAAGAAUAACAAUAAAAAGAAAAACAAUAUAAAACAGUCAAGCAAUCAAACUAUAAAUGGUUGUUUUCAAUCUUUUCAGACAACAAUUAAGGCGAAGGAAGAUCCAGCCUCGAGGCCAAAGGAUGUCGACAACGCUAAGUAUGGUGACCUUCAGCCUAACAUGAAGGGUCUCUAUACACUUUGUGUCAAGUUAAAGUAUCAAACAGGAUUCAACGAGUUGAGUUUGGAGCAUGUUAAGGUAUUCCUGAGCACUCACUUUACAGAGCCAGAUUGUUUUCCUGUUGAACUGAAAGCAAUAAGACCAAACAUGGCGUUUGUUAGAUAUAAAACAAAGCGUGAGGCCAUUGCAAUGAUAGAAAAGAAGCAUGACUUUGAAUGUGGGGCAGUUUCUUUUGAUGUGACAGCUGCAAAAGAAAAAGGAGGUCAAACAAAUACUAAUAAUUUGUCCAAGAGUUCCCAGAAGGCAUCAAAGAAUUCUCAAUCAGAUCUAGAGAAUGAUUCCACUUCAAAAGCUCCAGGGCUGUUGCCACUACCUGUAAUACCUAAAGAGAUUCCUCUGGUUUCUUUUGUGAAGCCUGGUCUUUUGCCAACACCAGAUAUAGGACUUUCACUGUACAGCUGUGAAUUGCAAAAGACAGAAAACCUGCAACCGGUAUUACUGAUACCUCAACAGGGCAUUUCAGACCAAGAGAAGAAACUGCAAAAAUCAAGUAUAGAUGGGAUGAAUUUUGAUAUCAAGCCAUGUCAAGGUGAAGGUUUCAACCUGGAGUUUUCAAUUUUUGCUUCCCUGUAUUUCUCUUCAUGCACAAAAAAGCCAAAAGUUUCCAAAGAUUUCAGUGAUGAUCUUCACUUUAUUGUAACACAUGCUGUUGAUGCAGGCAGAUUUUGGAUCCAUUUAAUUGAGCAGGAGCAAGCCAUUAAUGAUCUGAUGAGUCAGCUACAGAAUGAAAUACAUAAGUCUGAAAGAGCAGGGAAACCCAUGAUUUUUCCUCAGCAGCAUCAUGUAGGUGCAGCAAGAUACACUUUUGAUGAUUUUUGGUAUAGAUGCUGGGUUCUUGAUUGCAACAAAGAACGAGAUGAAAUCCACGUGUUUUAUUGUGAUUAUGGAAACGAUGAAAUUGUGAAUGGGAAACGUUUCCAAUAUAUAAACGAAUCAUUGUGGUCUUUGCAGCCUCAAGCUGUUCCUGUAAAACUGCCUGCUUUGGAACCUACAUCUGAAUCAAACCUAACAGAAAAAGAUCUUGGCCGUCAAAAGUUUGUGGAGAUUUGUCACGGUAAACUGCUAGCUGCAAAUGUAGUGAAGAAUGCAAAUUUUUCAGAGUCGCAAGUGAUUGCCCUGUCGAAUAUUGUGGUUCCAGACCUCCCUGGUGUGUUUUUGGAGGAUUUUCUUGUCAACACUGGACACUUAAAGCGAGUUACAGCAACGUUAACCCAGCGGACGUCUGUGGAGAACAGCGUUGAAAAGCAGACUGUUGAUUAUAGAACAAUGAUUGAUGAAGAAGAGAAACCACGUCUUUCAGAAAAUGUAGCUACUGAGAAGCCAUCCUUGAAAAGGAUGAAGGAAGGUGAUGAAAGGCCACCCUUCGUACCGAAUAGGCCAUCACCAAAGGAUUUGCGAAGCAUCAAUACGCAGUCUGGGAAAAUCCUUGAUCAGAAAGCAGCAUUAUCAUUUAAGAAAGGGACAAUUGCAGAACAACAAGAAAUCUGGCCUACCCAGGAAGAGGAAGAUUGGGAUUCGCAAUAUUCUAACCAAUCUAAAAAUGGGCUUGAGUCUAGUUCGCUCAGAACAAAUACUGUUCAGGUACAUAAUGAUGAAAGAGGCAAGAUUACUUGUCCGGUAGAUAAUGAAGUUUCAAAGCGAAAUGGCGACGGAAUAAUCCAUGAGACGCUCAACUUCAACGGGCAGAAUACACAGUCGCAUACAAGGUUGGCAAAUGCUGCAUCGUUGAAUAAUACCAAAAAGUAUGGGAGUGUUGUUGAUGGGUGCGCCACCGGAGCGGACACCAAAGGAUAUGAUACAAAUAAGGCUAUGGUUCUGACGGAGACAGAGAUAGAAAAUCUCAAAAAAUGUCCUAGCAUCUACGUAUUAAAGCCAGAGAACACUAUCAAAGCUAAAAUACUUGAGGUAGAAUCGCCAGCUUUAUUUUACAUAGAAAAACCCGGCUCAGGAGAAAUCAUGAUGAAAUUGAAGACCCUUCUGUCAUGCUUCGAACCCCAGGAACGAGUAGAGCCAUAUAAAGGUAGAAUACUCUGUUAUAAAGAUGGAACGAGUAAAACACGCGUCAAUGUUCUUGAUUUGGCUUGUAACUUUGCUUUCAGUAAGAAGGUCUUAGUCAUAGACAUCGACAGUGGCGAGAAGAUCUGGGCCAAUGCAGAUGAUCUUUACCUGAUGAGUCCUGAGCUGAUGCAAGUUGAGCAGAUAGCUGUCGACGUUGGAAUGGCUGGUAUCAAGACGAAAAAUCAAAUCACAAGCUUGACAAAGGAUUUGGAAAAGUUAACAAACAAGAUUAGCUUCAUUCAUAUCGUUGAGAGAGAUGCAUCCGGGAAAUGUCUUCUAGAGGUUUACGGAGACGAUAAAACAAAGAGCCUAAAUUUGCAGGCCGUCCAUAGUGGGAAGGCAAUUGUUACUGCGAAGCCAGGAAAAAGGCGAACGGGGGAUUACAAACCAAGUGGCAAAUUCGCUGGAAAGUAUCCCUCUGUCUCUGACAGUGCUAGUGACAGUGGAAGCAGAAAAAUGAUGAAUAAACCUCCUGUUAUGAAAAAUGAGCCCAUUGCGCGCCCGUUUUCUGAUUCCUCUUCUCAAGAUGGCAGCUCGAGAUCGUCAAAUCGUAGAAUAAGUUGUAGCUCAGAUUCGUCAUGUAAUAGCGAUAUUUCCUCAUCGGCAUCCUUAGGGAAUGGGGGGAGCAUGUCAAACAAUCGUAGUUCAAACAGCGAUAACAAUGAUCGUUCAGACGACUCAAGUGUUUUCUGCGACGUUAAGGAUACUGACUUGGUUUAUAAUCAAACAGAUUACCAUAUCGUACCAGUAAGAAACCAUACGGAAAAGGAGAAGCCCAUUCGAAAAUUUUUUAGACCACAUACGCCGCCUCUCUCGGCUUCCCAGCAGGAUGAGAAAUCGACUCUCGUUGUUGCUGCUAGACGCAAAGAACUGAUUCACUCCAUUAAAUCAUUGACUGAAGGCUGCCUUGAGAGAGAAUUCAUCCGCUUCCGACCUGACGGCAGUUUAGACCGGGACCUUAUUGAACGUGAAAUGAAGCGAUGGUAUUCAGAAAAACAUUGCUUAGAAAAGUAUGCAAAUACUCUUACCGAAACUUUAUCAACUCCGCAAGACAAAUCUGAAGUGUAUAUCAACAAAAACAGACGGUUGCGAUUGCAGAUAUAUUUACAGCUAAUGUCAGCAAAGGAAGAAAUAGUCAAAGUCACAAAUGAAGUCGAAAAACUUGAAAAAGAGCGUUCACGUUAUAGUAAGUAGGCCGCCUGGACAGUACAUUGUAGCACAGUACAUUGCAGCAAUAACCAGAUAUCACAGGCUGAUGAAUUAAUGUUCAAACAUAUAUUAGUAGAGGUGGAACGUCAAGGCCAUAGAACUAGCGAAAAUGCUGCUUAAAUCCGAUCUCGCUGGCAUCAUUCUCUGAGCCAUCAUGUUUUGGCAUGCCUUUAAAAACUGACAAAUUUAGUUCCGAUGCUUUUUUAAUCGUCUAUAUGCUAAUUGCUUUUACGGCUGCUAUCGUGAGAAUGUUAACUUGGUAAAACUUGAAUUUGAGCUUUUGCUAGCUUUUUUAGGAUUCUAAAAGUAUUUCAUUUGGGAUUUCCUCAAGACCGUUCGCCACCUUUAUAAAUGCAUAAAUGCAUUGGUAAUGAUAUUUUUAAAUUUAAUUCUACGUCUUCGUUGAUUUCAUAUUAUAUUGUAAAUUAUGAUAAAAGUUUAGAAUUGCUUGUAGUUUCGAGUUUUGCUUUUAGGAAUUGCAUGUUCAUAAUUUUAUAUUGGUUUUCUUAGAUGGUUCAAAUUAUACUUUGCCAAUAACUAUUCAAGAAUGGUGCUUUUAGCAGCAAAUCUAUAAAAUUUUCAGUUGUGUUUUUAAGCGUAGCCGUUUACGUUUUACAAUAAACUAAAAUAGAUUUUACAGUUGACUUUAGAUAAGGCUCGUUGCAUUUUCUUAGAAAUUAUGUCCCUUGGAUUUUGCCCCCCCCCCCUCCCCUAGCCUUUUCAGUAAACACGUUCAAAUUGCAAGUUCAGAAGAACAGCUCACAGUCCCUAGUCGCUUGGAUUUCUACGGUUAGCAAAUAGGCACUAUUGCACCCACAGAUAAUAGCCCACGAUUCCUGUUACUCUACCAAUAUACAUUUGAAGGACC